AUGCCCCCAGUACCAACAACGCGACAAGUCAUCCCCGGUGCUGGAGUCAACAUCGUCCUCAAAGUUGACCAGCCCACCGGCCGCACCGUAUCCGGCACUAUCCAGGAUGUGCUCACCAAAGGAAACCAUCCCCGCGGCAUCAAAGUCCGCCUCACUGAUGGACGAGUCGGCCGCGUGCAAUCCAUGAACAGCAACCCGGACAGUGGAAGCGCCGACAUGGAAUCCUUCAACGCCACCUUUGACUCUCCAUCACGCCAGCCCCAUCACCGUGGCGCUUCACGUCCAGACCGUGGCGGACAUCCCCAACCUCCCCCGACGCAGCAGUUCGGUCUGGAUGCGUAUAUCAAGCCGGCCAAGACCAAAGGAAGAAGAGGUGGAGCUGGUCAGAGCUCUACCGUAUCCCAUCCUUUGCCGUCUACUACUACUACUGCUGUUGAACCGGAAGAGGAAUCGGUAUGCCCGGUAUGUGCCGAUUUCUGGGGUGAUGCCACGGCGGUUGCUCAUCAUGUUGCUGCUCACUUUGGUGAAUGA